AUGCAGCUCGUUGAGUCUUCUUCACCGUCGCCGACGAAGAUCGAGGGAGGUAACUUUUCCGGCGAAGAGCCGAGUUUCAGAGUGAGGUUUAUCGACGAUCCGUACGCGAUUCCGGUGGUUGUUCAGUCGUAUUCCGGUUACGUCACCAUUGACGUCAACGAGGAGAGCUGUGGUCCGUCGUUCUCAGAUAGCGACGCUUCCGCCAUGGCGAGCGUCGACGUGAGUGGUUUGUUCGGCGGCGCGUGGAGUAGACGCGAGGUGGGAGCGAGUGAGUGUGACUGUGAGUGGGACGACGAUUUGUUGGCGAGGUUUCUAGGCGAAGACUGUGUUUGA